CUACUGAGCAAAAUAUAAAAACAAGUAAAAGGGAAAAACCAAAGAUAAUAAACUUGGUAUUGUUGAAUUAUACUUUGGUAUGUAUCCCCCAUACUACCAUGCAUACCAAUGCCCCCUUAAGUUGUAUUUGUUUUGAAUCACUGUAAGCAUCAACAUGUAUAUUGCAUGCAUUGUAUUCUCACUUUUAUAUUUCAGGUUCACAUGCUUUUUUUCGACCAUGACCAAAUUAUCAUCUAUUUUUCAAACACUUCCAGACUUGGUCAUCGAGACGAUAAUCCAUUUUUUUCUGAACGGCAUCAAUAUCCAUGAAACGUAUCCGCAUAUAAACGCCAACUCGCUCAUUCACUUAAGGCUGGAGGUUAUGCCGCUUUGCCGCAAAUGGUACUCGGUUGCCGCAAAGACGGUAUUUUCCCACCAGCUGAUGAGCGUCUACAAAAGCGGAUCGGCGAUAAAAGUUAGCAUGCCGUCUACGCACAUACAAGGCAACCGCCUGCAUCCGUAUUACAACCAGUAUGCCAAGACCAUCUCGAUGACCAUUAACUACAACUGCGUAAACGACAUAUCGCUAGAGAUACUAGAACGUAUUUCUGGUUCUAGUUUGGUUUUUCCCAACGUCAACAGGAUCACAACUAUGUUCUGGGAUGUUGAUCUCAGCCUGACAGCCAAAGAUCUGAACAAGCAGUUCCAUUUCAGCAAAACGGUCGAGUGCAUAAGGCAGAUGGUGCCGUCGGCCACGGAUGUGAAGCUAUCCAUAUUUAACCCCAGGCUGAACGCCCCUCAAAAUAUGCAGGCCCUGGUCAGUGGGCUUGCUAGCGGGCUAUCCAAGGGCGCCAAGAAGCUACACGUUGACUGGCAUGGAAUCAGUAACCCCACAUCGUUGGACCUGCACUGUUUCGUUGAUUUGAAGUACAUUCAGUACAACUCGACCUUUCACCACAAGCAAUUUGUACAGAUUAUCCGCCAAAACGCACUAACGCUAGGGGAGCUGAUCAUUGACUUGGGCGCACACUUUGACGUGGGCCAGCUGGCUGUGGACGAUUAUGGUCACCACGUUGUGUACCUAAAUUUGCACAGGCUCGAGAUACACAUUAAAGAGAAUCCGGCGUUCGACGCGCACUCCACUCCCAUAGACGCCAUUCCUUUCCCGAGCCUGCGACUGCUGAAAACAUCCACCGAGUCUUUGCUCGGCAGCGACUUUUUAUUUCGCGGAAACAGCAAAAGCCUCGAGCACAUAGACAUACCGCUCGAUAAAAGUAUUACAUCUACAAUAGUCAAUAGCGGUUUGUUUGGAAAUGACAAGGCAUCUCGUCUUUCUCACCUUACGUUUGAAGAAAGCCCAAAAUCCAUCCGCGAAGGACACCCGUUGGGAAUGGCUCUGAUUCCAUUUAUUGUUUAUAUGGCCCCAGAGGUGCGAGUGCUGCACUUGGGCCGGAUAAUCGGCUCUGGCGAGCUGAUAACGUCGAUAUCUCUUGCCUCGUGCUUCGGCAGCCUUCAGAUUCUGAAGCUCAGCGCAGUGUUGCUGGAACUUUGCGAUUUAAUUAAGCUCAUUCGGUUGUUGCCCCGACUCUCCGACUUGACAACCAACGCGCCUUGGAGCACGGCUGUGAGCCAGUACGGUGGAUUUACGGGCUAUCUUGACUACAUUCAUUGCUUCACUACCCGCUAAGCAAUAACUUCUUAUGCUGGCACUACCAGGAUGACGAGGCGCAAGCGUCUGGCAUUGAGAUUGCCAGAUGUGCAGUCACACUUGCUGUGGCUUGUCCAAACUUUAACUAUGCGGAUGUUAGAUAUGGCAGCAGUGAAUCAUACAAAGCACAGCUGGAAGGCUUUUUGGGUAGGGAUGAGUUUGGCUCCUAUACCACCAGAUCAAACGACUUCUUUCCAAAUUAUGACUAUACAUACAAAAUGUUAAUGCAACUUGUUUAAUCGU